AUGGAAUCAAUUCUUUCUCAGAAAGCAUACCUAUAUCUUCAAUUCGAGAUUGGUACUCCAGCAGAAGUGAAUAUAAGGAGACAGAUAAGGGAUAUUGAAGAAAUUAUCUUGAAUUCAGCUACAUCGACAGUAAAAUUACUUUUCAAUAGAUAUCCAACAUAUUUUCGUGUGGCAACCGGUAGUGAAAGGGAAGGAUUUAAUUUUAAAGAAUCGGACUCCGAUUUUCUAUACUGGUGGACUGACCACAAAGUUAUUUGUCACCCGAGACAGGAAAACCUAUACAACAAAGAAACAUUGAUUAUGAUGGAAUAUUGUGAUGAUAGUCCAGGAUCCGUCUUCCUGAAAGUCGGAAAGUGGUCUAGGUGGAGAUUUGUUCGUGAUAGCUAUGUCAGAUUCGGAAAAGGAACUUACAUGUCAAGUUUAAAGUACAGGGAAUCCACCAGACACUUAGUAGUUAGAGAUUCACAAUUACAUGGACCUUGUGCAAGCGGACAGUUGAGUAGUGGGGUUUGCUAUGACAAUGCUCAUUCACUGAAAUGUGAUUUUUUUCCAGAGAUAGCUUCUUCGUGGAUAAAACAUUGUGAAACAAAGGGUUGGCCUGAUUCAACUGUAUUGCAAUAUGCCAGAAGAACAGGCUGUAAUUUUGUUCCGAUUGGCCGCAAAAACUCGCCAAAUCAUGAUUAUGAAUGGCGAAUCUCCUUCAAUCUUAUUGAAUUGAACUGUGUUCGCAGCAUGAACCAUGUCCAGUUUACCUGUUACGGUUUAUUUAAAAUUUUUCUCAAUAAAGUAAUCAAGCCAUUGUUGGAUGACAAAGAGCUAUUGUGUUCCUACUUUUUGAAAACUAUUAUGUUUUACAUGAUACAAGAAAAGGAAGGAUCAUUUUGGUCUCCAGAAAACUUGUUACAUUGUUUUUGGAAUUGCUUUAAACGUUUAAUCUUCUGUGUAUAUAAGAGCAAUUUACCAAACUUUUUCAUUCAAGAAAACAACAUGUUCCAAGGAAAAAUUUUUGGUAGCUCCAGAGAAGAGUUGCUCGAAAAACUUUAUUUGUUAUACAACAUGGGUUAUUCAUGUUUACGGCAAUGUAUUUUUCAGCAGAAAUUCAUCACUUAUCCUUACGUGGAAAGGAAUCAUAAAGUAGAGUGUACUUUAUUCACUGAGAUUUAUCACAGAGUAGGAUUUUGCACAGAAUCUGCUAUUCCACCAUAUCUCGAAGUUUAUAUGAUCACCAUUAAAAAACUUCUCGAAAGAAAAUCUAUGACACAUGUCCAAUUGAUGGCAGUAAGACAAAAUAUUUGUACAAUAUUUAUUCACUUGGCAUUUCUUCUACUGGAUUACGAAAAGACGAGUAAUAUUUGUAAAUCCGGUGACCUGUUGGAGGUUGCAGUCAAACAUGGUUUCCUAUCAGAUAAUGUCUUCUACGGGAUGUAUCUUUGCAGAAAGUCAAGAUUUAUGGAAGCAUUAAGCUUUGCGAAAAAGAUAAAGAACGAACUAAAUCAAUCUCACGUUUUAUAUCUACACGGCUUUGGUGAUAUGCGUGAGUUUAUGACAUAUGGCAAAGACAAAUCAUGGAAUACAAAGCUUAGAGAAGUUGUUGUUGUAGAUAUUGGUCUGUCUUCCGCUGUCUGCUAUUUACAUGAAUUAGGGAUUGAAAAGCACGUGGCACGUGUUGAAAACAAACAUUUCCAUGUUCCUCCAUAUGUGUUGACACUUUUUAUCAUUGUGCUUUGCAACGUACGGCUUGGAAACAGAACAGGUUAUUACUAUACCGUGUGCGAACUAAAAAAUAUACUUGAUAAAGAUGUGGGGAGAUUUGUUCCUAUCAAAUUGAAAAAUAUUUCCUGGCAGAUACUUGGGAUCUGUCAACAAUUGUCCGGUGAUCAUGCUGGUGCAUUUGAGUCUUACAAAGCGUCUUUGAUUUAUCAGGGUUCCUGUAUGCUCACAAGAGCUACCUACAUCAGAAUGCUUACUGUCAUUUCAGAUUUACAAAUGAAACACACUCAUUUCAGUUCGACCAAAGAUCAACGGCCAAAGAACACCAUUAAAAAAGAAAAAAACUAG